AUGUCACAUUAUCUGGCUAAUAGUAGGAACUUAGAUAAUGAUGUUAUGCAAGAUGGCGAAGAUGCCUUCAUCGAAAACAAAAAUCCAAAUACUAAAAGAAUUGCAAUUUGCAACUACAAUCCAAGUAAAGACCUAAUCAUAUUUACGUCUGACGAGGCUAUUGAUGAGUAUAAACAGGCAAAUAAACUAUCUAAGAAAUCGGACAAUUUUGAUCUCUAUUUGCAGAAGCAACAACAAGGUUUAGCCAUGCCGUUACUUGAAGCGAAAUUCCACAAAAGGAGUAAGUUUGGUGGUAGCAAAUUCUUGACUAUAAACAAGUUCACUUCACCACCUCCUGGUGCAAAGAAAUUAUUCGAUAAAGGCAGUGAUAAGUUUAAGUUCUGUACAAUUUUCAAGGAUUCUGCUAAGAUGUAUGACAAAUACACUUUCAAAUUCGAACCAAAUCCUCAGAAUUCGUCUGAAAACUUCGAAAUGUACUCAUUCGUCAAUCGCAAAAGCCGCAUAUCUGAUAUACCGAAGAUGGGAAAUAUUAAUGAACGGUUUAGGUGGGCUCGUACCGAUAGAGAUAAGGUUCUGCCUUACACGUAUACUCUAUUUAUGUUGGAUGCUGGUCAGCCUUCGAUGCUUGAUAACUUGGACACUACAAAUAUGGAGUUGGGCACUAAAAAUAUGGAGUUGGACCCUCAAAACGAGUAUCUAACAUUACUGCCAGAACAGUACCUGGACCUUUGUUCACCUCAUGCACUUGCAAAUCUAAUCCAUUUAAAUUAUAGUCGUUCAUCGUAUGCAAUUCAAAGGACCGCUAGGCUUGAUCUCAAGAUCCCAAAAGAUCGUAGGAAUUUGGAUUCAGAAAGCAUACAAUCCGUGACUCUGGAUGAAUUGAUUUUCAUAACCAAUUCAGUAAUAUUUAAAUAUUUUGAGGAGUUAGGCAGAUCCUCUGAUCAUUCUUUAACAAAUGUUGGUGGUAUAUCAACCAUGGGAGGAUACGCAUUACAAAUGUAG